AUGAAUAAAACAAACAGUAAAGCGCAAUUCAAAGAGUUUACAUUGCUUACGAUAACGCGUAAGCUUUCUUAAAAAAAAAAAAAAAAAAGCUUCCUGUUGUUUAGCUAGCAAUAAGCUUAAAGGCGGACAGAGUUUUAAGUAGCUUUGAUACGUGGAGCUGGCGUUUCGUUCCACUGCGUAACUUACCUUCCAAUGUCUAGGCUCUAACUUCACUCAGUGAAACCACAGGCUGUUGUAAUGUCGGAGCUCAAACCCCCUACCCCAACCCCAACCCCUGGUGACACAUACAAGGGUUGGCUCUUCAAAUGGACUAAUUACAUAAAAGGUUACCAGAGGCGCUGGUUUGUUCUCAGCAAUGGACUGCUGUCUUACUACAGGACCCAGGCAGAGAUGGGGCACACAUGCAGAGGUACCAUCAACUUGGCUACAGCCAACAUUGUUGUGGAGGACUCGUGCAAUUUUGUCAUUUCCAACGGAGGAGCACAGACGUAUCACUUGAAGGCCAGCUCUGAAGUAGAGCGACAGCGAUGGAUCACUGCUCUGGAGCUUGCUAAAGCAAAGGCUGUCGACAUGCAGGCUGGAUCUGAUGACUCUGGUGAUGAUUGUCCUGGAGUUUCCCCUGCCCCUGGGCAGGGCGGAGGCUGCCGCAACUCCGAAAUCCAGUCCACAUUACGCACCCUGAGCAGCAAAGUUGAGGACCUUACCACCUGCAAUGAUCUCAUUGUCAAACAUGGAUCUGCCCUCCAAAGGUCUUUAUCCGAAUUGGAGGGCCUGCGUGUUGGAGGGGACAUGGGGGAGAAGAUUAGACAAGUCACAGAGAGAGCCACACUAUUCCGAAUCACCUCUAACGCCAUGAUCAAUGCAUGCAGGGACUUCCUCUCUCUGGCCCAGAGCCACAGUAAGCGUUGGCAGAAGGCCUUACAGACUGAAAGAGAGCAGAGGAUACGUCUGGAGGAGACUCUUGAACAGUUAGCUAAACAGCACAACCACUUGGAGAGAGCUUUCAGAGGAGCUACAGUUCUUCCUCCUUCAUUCAGCAAUCCUGCUUUAGGUAGUAAAGGCGGUGCUCCAGGAAAAGGUGAUGCCAGUGAUGAGGAUGAUGACAAUGAGUUUUUUGAUGCAAUGGAAGACCCAGCAGAAUUUAUUACUGUCCCUGCUGACCCCAAGUAUCACAGAAGAUCUGGCAGCAACAUCAGCGGAAUCAGCAGCGAGACUGGAACGGAUGAUCAAUCGUUUGAUGAACUGUCUUUGGCAUCCAAUCCGGAGUCCCCACAGCCUCUUGAGCUAGAGCCAGUCAGACAAAGACGAACUCGUAUCCCUGACAAACCCAACUAUUACCUCAAUUUGUGGAGCAUCAUGAAGAACUGUAUUGGAAAAGAGCUGUCAAAGAUACCAAUGCCUGUAAAUUUCAAUGAGCCCUUGUCGAUGCUGCAACGUCUGUCUGAAGAUCUGGAGUACUAUGAAAUUCUGGAUAAGGCCGCUAAAUGUCAUAACUCUUUAGAGCAAAUGUGUUACGUGGCAGCUUUUACUGUAUCUUCCUACUCCACCACAGUCCACCGCACAGGAAAACCCUUUAAUCCUCUGCUGGGAGAAACUUUUGAACUUGAUCGAGUCAGAGAGUGUGGUUACCGAUCUCUUUGCGAACAGGUGAGCCACCACCCACCUGCUGCUGCACACCAUGCCUUCUCUGAAAAGGGCUGGACCCUCAGACAGGAGAUUGCACUAGCCAGCAAGUUUAGAGGAAAAUAUCUCUCUAUCAUGCCUUUGGGUUCUAUCCAGUGUUUAUUUGAUAAGAGCAACAAUCACUACUCCUGGAAAAAAGUUACCACAACCGUACACAACAUUAUUGUUGGGAAAUUAUGGAUUGAUCAGUCAGGUGAGAUAGAUGUGGUGAACCACAAAACAGGAGAUCGUUGCCAUCUCAAGUUUGCUCCCUAUAGUUACUUCUCCAGAGAUGUACCAAGAAAGGUAACAGGUGUUGUGACAGAUAAGGAUGGAAAGGCCCAUUAUGUGCUGUCAGGAACAUGGGAUGAGAAGAUGGAAUUUUCCAGAAUAAUGCAGAGCAGUAAAGGUGAGAAUGGCACUGAAGGCAAACAGAGGACUGUUUAUCAGACGCUCAAAGCCAAAGAAAUCUGGAGAAAGAACCCUUUACCAGAGGGAGCAGAGAAUAUGUACUACUUCUCCUCACUUGCCUUGACACUUAAUGAACAUGAAGAAGGAGUGGCGCCUACAGACAGUCGGCGGCGCCCUGACCAGCGGCUAAUGGAGGAAGGUCGGUGGGAUGAAGCCAACGCGGAGAAACAGAGACUUGAAGAAAAACAGCGUACCGCCCGUCGAGAAAGGGAAAGGGAAGCAGUGAAAGCAGCCAGCUCACCUGAAGAAGCUAUCACAGAGGAUUCAAUUAAUGAUUCACCUUUGAAAACUCAUGCACAAGAAACUGGAACCACAGCAAGUGAGGUUUCCGAUGAAACUGACACAGAGGACUCUCCCCCUCACACACCUGUUGCAUCCCCUUAUGGACCAUCACUCUUCCCACUCUUAAGUGUCCAUCCAGACAGCUACCAAGCACUGUGGUUCGAGAAGGUAGACGACUCUGUAUCUGGAGAGACGUUGCACGUCUACAAAGGGGGCUACUGGGAGGCGAAGGAACAAGGGAGCUGGGAUGUGUGCCCUGACAUCUUCUGAUCCCAACAGAAUUAGUUUCAGAUUGUCGUGUGCAAAUGAGAAGAUGGUAAGCAGGGCUCUCCCCUUUGUCAAAGGAAUUCAGCCCUGACAUCAGUCUAGCUUCAGUGUCUGUAGCUCUGAUCACCCUCUCCUGAUCAGGAACAUCUGGACUUCACUCUCAAAGUAGACUACAUGCUCAUGUAGCGUUGUAGAGACGUUGCUUCUGAUUGGUGUUCAGAGCUCUUUCUCACUGCCUCUCAAACACUGAAAUUUGUCACCUGCUAGCUUCAGGGUUCUGUAGUCCAACUUCUGAGUUAGAAAUGGAUAUUCUGGAAAUUUUCAUUAUGCAUUUUCUUUACUGUGAAUUAAGGGUACUGCACCACCACAACUCAAAGUUUAAUCAUACUCGAGGUUUGAAUUUUUUUUCUUAUUUAUUUCUGAAAGACACAAACACAUUUGAUUCAGUUUGCCUUUGAAUUUCUGGUGAUUUGUGGUGCUUAUCCAUUCUUACGCUGAAAAUGUACUCUAUCUACAUAUUAGCCUUUUUUUUCUAGAAAUGUUUGCAUUUAUCUAAUCAAUUUUUAAAUCUUCCUCUUCCUAAACUCAUCAAAGCCCAUAAUAAAAAAUAAUGUGUUGAUCAUGAGAGAUAGCAAAUAGUUUAUCAUGGUUUGUUUUUGUAAUGUCUGGUUAUGUCAUCUUUAAAAGUAUGAGUUUUAAAUGUCUGCUGCAUAUUUUAUUCAAUAUUGAUGUUGUGUUUUUGUUUUUUUGGGGGGUUGUUUUGUUUUUUUUAAUAGUUUGCGAAUAACUUUAUUUAAAUUUUUUUCUGUUAAAAUUGCGUUAUGUGUGCAGCACGUUGAUUUCAAUGUAUUUUCUUUGUUCAUUAAGUUAAUAUAUUUAUUAUCAUUCAAUCUAAAGUUCUGAAAGAGGGUUAAAAAUAAAUUUAUUUUAUAACCAGUGAAAAAUACCAAUAGCACUAUUGCCAGCCAUGGGUAGUAAAAUAUUGUCAACCAUGUCAUUUAGAUAUUUUCUUCAGGAUUUCCCAUAUAAGAGUUUGGCUGUUAAGGUUUGGCUCAUCUUAAGUCCAGGAGUUUUAUUGGAUUAAAUUACACUGAUUGAUGCAAUAUAGGAAACUCAAUCUUAUCCUUUUUAACAACAAAAUGUGUGAACAAAUACACUGAUUCUCUCAAAUACACUGACUCUCAAAGUCUAAGUGUGCUUGUUUUUGUGUAAUAUCAAAUAUUUCAAGUAACAUAUUCAGGCUAUUCACAUGAACGGCUUACAUAAAAUUUAAAGUGGGUGAGAUGGGCUCCAGGUUAUUGGCUGUAUGCAGAUUUUUGAUGAUUUUUGGCAUGGAAGACAAAUAUGAUUCAAGAGUAUUUUGUCUUUGUGGUUUUCUUACAGCUUUAAUUUUGUUUAAGGAUGUUCUUUUUGUGCUGCAAGUAUAGAUUCUUACCAGACAGCAAUCAGAGUGCCUGGCAAAAAAAAAAGAAAUGUGAGGAUGUUGCAGAAAUGGAGUUUUGUCGUUGUGUUUGUCACUAUUUGUUAUGAGAGGAAGGACUAGAUGGUUGACAGAGAUCCAAAGGUAAAUUUUUCCUUUAAGUGUACUUAAAGCAGAGCACUGAAUAUUAAGACGACAAAGUAUAAUGCUAUAAUUAUUUCUGUGUAAAUAUAUUAGAGAUGUAAUUGAAUUAGAAGGCAGAUAAGCACUUUCAAGUUUCUUAUUUGACUAUGUGGUUUACUUUAAGUUUCCUUGUAUGAGAUUUCUCUUCACUAACUAAGACAGCUUUCUACCUUUAAAUAGCAUUAAUCAGUCCACAUACAAUGUUCCUUGUUCCAUUCACCUGUUGCUUUAUGCAGCAUUUGACAGAUGUCUCUGCAUCUCUUUCCAAAUGGUUUCUGACUGGUCUGUCUUCAAAGAUUUAUUCAUCUUUAUUUAUUUUUGUUUUAGUCUUUGGUUUUAAUUGUGUGGCUCCAUCAUUCAGACACUGUUUUAUGUAAAGUUUUUCCUUCCCUUUGUUCCAACCUGUGAUGUUUCCCUGCACUGCAGAAACUCCCUUUACACAACGCAACAACUUCUUUAAAUUUAAACUUCUCUAAAUUUGUUUAAAAAAAAAAAACUUAAGGUGUUGCACUUGAGUACAGUAGUGAUUUAAGAUCUCAUAUGUCUAAAAAAGUAUGUCAACUUUUAAUGUUGGCUUACGAUUAAUUUUGUCAUUUGGAUAGGUUGUUUUUUUGGAAAGCCCCCUAAUUGUGUUGAGUAACUGUAAACAUGAUCUGAACAUAUAUUUAACCAUUUUCUGUCCUUUUUAAUGCAAUUAUUUUUGUCAGGAUUGUGCUAGGUGAUAAAGGUAGUAAAGUAUGAAUGGAUAUUAA